UCAUCGUCGUCGUCGUUGUCGUUUUUCAUUUCACUAAAAAACACACCAUUGAAUCAACCAACACCUCAACAAAAGAAUAGAAAGACUCACAUUUCUCAUGUAGUUAUCACUUUUUGUUCGUCAUAUUUCGUCAUUUAUCGUUUUAUAAGAUCGAAACAAUAAUCAAUAUUUAUAUCAAUUCAAGUUCUAAAUUAAAAAUUUAUUGAAAAACAAAAUUGUUAAAUCCAUCCUUAUAAAAAAAUAUCAAUUCUAAACUUUUUUGUUCGUCUUUUGCUUCUGAUUUUUUCUUGUUACAUUUCAUCAUCAUUACAAUAAGCCCAAUCUUUCGUUCAUUCAUCAAACAAUUUGCUUUUGUAACAAAAUAAAAAUUCCACCACUUAUUAUUGAUAACAAAACAAAAGUUAUUCUGUCAGUUUUAUAGAGUACUGUACACUUUCAUUUGGCAAUUUUAACCGAAAAAUUUGAUUAUCAUUUUCUGAAAACAAUUCAUAUCGUAAUCGUAAUUAUCACCCAUAAUAAUGCCUGCCGCUGCCAAAGUUGAACGGAUCAAUGUUGGAUCUGGUGGUGAUCAACAACAACCACAGCAGAACAGCAAGAUUGUCGCAAACAAUAGCAGCAACAAUAAUAAUGUUAAUGCUGCUCAAGAUCCUACCAAAAUUGCUAAUACCAUAAUCGAGAAAAAGAUUCGUAAUCUGGAAAAACGAAAGUCUCGUUUGCUCGAACUCAAAGUUUUGGCUGAAAAACAAGAAGAAAAAGAACUUUUACAAAAGGAUCAAAUUGAAGCCUUGAAAAAACUCGAUUCCGUUGUCGAAAUGAUUGACAUGCUUAAAGAAAUCAAUAAAAACAUUUCCGAUAGUCUCAAUGAUUAUGCCAAACAACAAAAGAAACAGCAAAAAAAGGAACAACAGGACAAAUUGAUCGAAAGAAACCAAGCUGAAUUGGAACGAAUCAAGUUAUUUCUUCGUAUUCAGAAAAUUUUGCCUUGUGUCACAUAUCUCAAACAACAUAACAAACAAGAGGAUUCAUCAUCGAGUAGCGGUGAUAAUGAUAAUGUCACCACUACUAUGCGGUUGGAUGAUAAACAUGUUGAUGCCUUAGAAAAUUUGGCAAACGAUUCGAAUGCUGAUCUUGACGAAUAUGCCGAAAAAGUUCAUCUGAUACUAGACGGUAGUAAGAAAGAAUUCUCGAAUGGUAUCACUCAUUUGGAAAUGAAGGAAUUUUGUAUCAAAAUUAUCGAGAAUAAAUAUCUCGAAAACAUUCAAUCUACACCGAAACUGGAAAUAUCAGACGAACCGACAGUUGAUUCAAACAAUGUUGAUUGUUCUGAUGUUAAGGUUGCUGAUGUCUCUAAUAACGAAUCUCAAUCAAAGACCAACGACAAACUACAAGUAACAGAUGUGAAUGCCGAAAAUCCGAUCCGAUCAUCAUCCACCGGAUCAGCUAAACCACAAGUUGAAACUGAUUUGCAAAAAGAUCCUGCUGUUAUCGCAUCCGGAUUCGCUUAUCCACCUUUUACGAAUGGAAAUUGUCCUGUUAAUUUUCUCCCUGCAAACAAUACAGCAAUAGAAUAUUCACCUUUACUUAUCCACCAAGCCGUUGGAUCGAUCCCUUCACAAACAUUUAGUAAUCAGAACUACUUCAUUUCUAACAAAGUUCCAAUUUUCGAUCAGGCUGUUCCUGUGGUUUCCAGUAACCAGGUUUCAUUUACAGAUAUGAUGGCUUGUAAUUCAGCUGAACAACAUCCUCAAGAUCAUCAAGAUUCCACUAAUAAAUUCAAUGGUCCAAUGAACGGAAAAAUUGAGCAAUCGGAAAAUGUGGAAAAACCUGAAAAUUUGAAUGGUGGAGACACAACUAGUCAGCAAGAUAAUGAUUCCAUCAACAAAAUGAACACGAAUGUCGAUUCAUCUCAAAUAAUCAACGGUCAUGGCGGUUACCAGAAACGAUCAAAUUAUCGCGGUCGAGGUGGUAGUGGCGGAAGAGGAGGUUCAUCUUUCCGAGGUGGUCGUCCAAAUAAUCCUAAAAAUUUCGGUGGCUAUUUUAACGGUGGUGGCGGCGGUGGACAUCAAGUUAAUCCAGUGAAUAAUUACAAUGGAACAAAUCGACCAUUGAUUCGCCAAAAUGGUGGUGGUCGUGGUUCAUAUCGUGGUUCAAACGACCGUGGAAAUGGAAUGAAUCGUAAUCAUUACAAUCCGAAUAUUAGCAAUCAACAACAGCAACAACCAUAAGGACCAAGUGCUACAUUUGCUUUGAAAUCAUAAUUUUACGAUGAAAAUGAAGUGUAAUAUAUAUCUACAUCUAAAACAGAAAGUUGGUAUUGCUCAAACCAUAAAAAUGAUGAUGAUUGCGAAUGAUUCCCUUUGGUAUUCAUUUUUACGAUUUUUUAAACAAAAAAUAAAUAAAUAAAAAUUCUGUUGUAAAUUCUAA